CAAAAUGGCGGAUCUGUCCAUAACGAAAGACGUGAUAAUUAUAAUUUGCACAUUGAUCCAAACCUUCAUUUUGGGCAUUUUCAGUGUGUUCGGUGUGUUCUGGUGGAAUCUAAGAAAUAGGAAACAAGACAAGAAGAAACAGACACGGAAAGAAGAGGCAGACAAACAAAGAUCCGAUCUAGAAAAGAUCAUAGCGAUACUCAGCGAAAAUUAUGAUGAAGUGCAAGAAAUAUUCCAUGAUCUCAAGACAUCAGUAGAUAAUCUUAAAGAAAGGACAAUUAACACAGGAUUACUUACUUUUACUGAACAUGAUGUUUUACUGUACAUGUGUCACGGCGACAAUUGGCGUACAAUUUCCUAUAAUAAAUUACACUUUUCCUCGCCCCUUUGUAGUAGAAAAGACAACAGUGACGGAAGGGAAAAAGUAAUGUUUCAAGUUCACAGAAUAAUGAAAUUCUUUAAAGAUUUUUCUUUUCAGUUGUCUGCCAUUGAUAAAACAUGCCCAAAUGAUAUCAAGUCAGAAUUUUCCACCGAAAUUAUUGACAUGGGUAAAACCAUCUAUCCUUUUAUGACCAAGACCAGACAAAAGCUUAUUGAAAAGGUGUUAAUAUACUUUGGUUGUACUAUUGAAGGACUGGUGCGUUAUCCUGGGCAUGGUGAAAUAAAGAAAGCAAUUCCAUACAUUGAAUACUUUUGGUAUGAAAAUGGUGAAAUGAAUUGCAAUAUUCCAUGCGAAUAUUCCAAUGUUGAAAAUCUUAAACAUCAUGUUGUUGACAGAAUACCUGAAAUCAUGAGAAAAGAAGAUGAAAUUCAAAGGGAAAUACGCAAACUUUGGGCAUGUACUAAAAUGCAUCAUCUGCACUUUUUUAGUGGUACUCGAAGUGAUCUGCUGCACUUGAUAAGAUUGAUAAUUUUGGAAAUCAAAGAUGAAGACACUAAUUUUGACACUGAUGAAAAAAGACAGCAACUUGAGAAUUUUUGUGCUUAUGUUAAAAAAAUAGACUGUAGUUUAGUUUCUCCUGAAGCAAAUAAACGUGCAUGUGAACGUAAAUUGGAUGACAUUGAACGUUAUGUAAAAGACCUCAGAACAAAAUCUGGCCUGCUUAAGUCUGUUGAGACUGUUGGCUUCCUGAACAGUAUGGAAGAAAGUCUUAGGAUAUUUACCACAGAAAUAUUCAGAGAAAGAUAAACGACAAACAAAACUUGCUAUUUGACUGCCCAACAGUAACGGUAUAAACUCAUUAUAUACAUAGAUUUAUAGAAGCAGGGCCUUUCAGAGGAGGGGUGGGCAAAGGGGGCAAUUUGCCCCGGGCCAAAAUGUGCAAAAUUAGAAGAAAAAAUAAUUUGGAACGUUUUUUAAUAUAAAUAAUGGUGUGAGAAAAAAUUUGUAGACCUAAAUUUUACAGAUUUUGGUCUAAAAAAAUGGUUUUAUCCAUGUUUUAAGAGGGCAAAUGUUUGGAUUAUGGAUUAUUGUCAUUUUUAGCCAGUUUGUGUUAGAUUGGAUUGCAUUAUGACUUUAAUAUGAUAUCACAGGGAAUAAUUCCGAUGACAAUUUAUUAUGCAAGUGAUGUUACAUGAAAUUUGGUUGGUUUGGCUGAUAGAGCUGUGCAAACUCCGAUUAUUUUAGCUCCGGCACCGGCUCCGGCAGUAGUGAUGG